UAACUUAUUUGAACGGGUUUGACCUGCGCUGUGCUGGAUGCCUGUAACGGGGGCCGCAACGAGGCGCCCAUAAUUGGCACCACCGAGCAUGGUGUCAAACGUGGGAUACGGCAGUCGCCAGCAGCAGCAGGAGGAGCAGCAGGAGGAGCAGCAGUAGUAGUUGAAGUGGAAGCAGAGGACGUAGUGUUGGAAAGUGGCCGCAGGUCACUUCCCUUUUUCCUCAUCUGGGCUCGACUUCAAUCUGCGCUGGAAUCGCAGCCCUACGAAACUGACACUCACUUUUGCUGAUAAUCGUGGAAGUGGGGAAGCGAGGGAAGUCAGGACGGAGCUCGACUGGUUUUCCUUCCCGGACCGCCCACGCAGAUCUCCACUGUGAGUGGAGGAGGAGAAGGAAGAAGAGAAGGAGCCAUGGUGUUGUCUGAGACGCUGCACGAGACUUAAACGCGAGAUAGAGUGUAACAAUUUAGAAGGGGACUGGAAAUUAGAUUUGAAGGGCAGGGCAGGGCAGGAGGGCACCAUGGGAGCGACAGUCGACAUAGAUGACGCCCUGAAGGUCCUUCUUCGCAGUUGAUGAUGGAAGAUGACAUGGCAGGAUUCAGCAGCGGCGAACUUUGAGUGACUGCCCUUAUUGCUUGCGAUCAUCACCUCAACGCGGAACUGGACCAUAGUAGUCAGAUUCAUGCGCUUAACAUGAAUAGAGAGAAAGAAUUGGGUUAUAGUUGAAAACCAGAAAAUUUUGUGACUUGAGUAAAGCCAAAAUGGAGAACAAUGAUAUAUUCAACAAUUCCACGGCCCAGCUGACUGUUCAUGACUUUCUCGAUCGCAUGCGCCAUCCUUCUGCUGCUGAUCUCGUCCGAUCCAUUAAAACUUUUAUAGGGGAAUUUCUGAAUAAUCCUCCUGAUCCGGAAAAGGAUAGUCAAAGUGUACAAGGGUUUCUUGCAAGCACUGAAAGUGUUUUCAGAGAGCAUCCUUUGUGGGCCACUGCGACUGAGGAGGAGUUCGAAAGUUCUGGCGAGGGUCUCGAGAAGUACUUAAUGACUAAGCUCUGGCCACGGGCUUUUUCACCUGUUCCAGAGGAUGCAGAAAUAGACCAACGACUCUCAGAAAAGAUGACUAUACUGCAAGAGUUCAUACGCCCAGAGCACCUUGACAUACCUAAGAACUCACAGAAUGAAACUUCUUGGCUGCUGGCUCAGAAAGAGCUGCGGAAAAUUAAUACUUACAAGGCUCCUCGUGACAAGCUGGUUUGCAUUUUAAAUUGCUGCCGAAUAAUCAACAACCUUCUGGUGAAUGUUUCCAUGGCAUCAAACGACAACCCACCAGGAGCAGAUGACUUUCUGCCUGUCCUGAUAUACGUAGUCAUCAAGGCAAAUCCUCCCCAGUUGCACUCAAAUCUUCAGUACAUUCUACGCUAUCGCCAUCAGGGACGGCUUGUUUCAGAGGCAUCGUACUUCUACACCAACCUGGUCUCAGCUGAGUCAUUUAUCCAGAACUUGGACUCUUCCUCCCUUUCUAUGAAUCCUGCUGAGUUCGAAAAGCGUAUGCAAGCGGGUCGUCUGGCAAUCGAGGGAGUAAAUGGAGUUUCGUCUCCGUCCGUUAACGCUAACAAGGAGGUGACUGCCUCGGACGUAUCUCUUCAAAAGAGAACGAAGUCUCCAUCAAAACCUGUACUUGGUACAGAAAGCGACCGAGUGCCGGGUGCGAAAAAAGAGGAGCAAGUCGUCACAAAAGAUGCCCCGGCGGAAGCCGUAGGUGCACCUGCUGUUCUUUCUGCAGAUAAACUUGAAGCAGGGGCAGCGGCCCUAGUCAUGGAGGCUGAUAAAUCAGGACAGCUGAGCAAGGACUACCCAUUUCUUUACUCUAGUGCUGGAGAUUUGAGAGUUAUGGAUGUAGAAGAAUUGUUGCACGAGUACAAGGAACUGGUCCUACGGUAUGUAGCCCUUCGGAAAGCUGUAGAAAGCUCAGUGAUAUCUGAGAAGCCUUCCACCAUCGUGCAAAAACAGGACGCUGAAACCCAAGACGAGGUUCCAGGAGAAAGCUCAGCGGGCUCUGACAAGCCUUCCACCGUUGUGCCAAAACAGGAAACUGAAACUCAAGACGCUGUUCCCCUUGAUAGAAGUGAUGCGGUGCUUUCUGGAAUUUCUGGAACAACGCUAUCGACUUCUCAGCCUUCUGCAAACUCCGACCUUAGAGACGAGGUCUCUGCAGGGGAGCUGGUCGAUGCAGAAGUAAUUGACUCCAACCUCGAAGCGCAUGUGUUGCACAAAGGGGAUACAACACCACCUCAUGUAGGCACUACCACAUCGGAAGAGGUGUCCCCGGACAAGACUAUACGUCCAUUGUCUCCCUCUCAAAAGUUGAUGGCACUUGCGGAUGCAGAGGAUGUAUCUGACCUUCAAGGCCUCGAUACCAGAGACUUAGGCCCUCUCGAAGUUGCCGAAGAGAAGAAAGGCGUUGGCAAGACUGAGCUGGAAAAUCUUGACGAAAGUAACGACAAGCCCAAUGAAAUUACUGCCUCCCACGAAGGCUCUCCCAGGACUCAAUCGAGGUUAGAAGAGCAAUCACCCCCCUCGUAAGGCUAAACUGUAACAACCGUUUUUAUUUGGAGUAAACUGUGUGAAAUAUCGCUUGCCAUGAUGCCAUGUACAAGCCGCUGUCAUUCCACUCGGACGUUUCCGUGUGUCUGAGUGCUGCGAGAUUCGAGGGUUCUUGUCACCAAAUUCCACAUCUGCUCAUUUUGAAUUGGUUGCUUCACGUUUGAUGUGGUUGUGUACGAUUGUGAGAUAGGCAGAUAGUGCAUUUGCCGGUACAAUUUGGGAAGGCUUGUGUAUAUAUGUGUCGGGCACGUUCGGGAUUCUCUACCCAACAUAUGUAUCCAUUACAUUCUAUUUGCCUCGAAGUAAUAAAAAGUUGUCGCCCCCGCUCUUCGCUCUUC